AUGUCUCCUCCAGCCUCUUCAGACCUGGGCUAUGUACCCCCUGAUGGUGGAUGGGGGUGGGCAGUGGUGUUUGGAGCCUCCAUCUCAGUUGGAUUUGCAUACACAUUUCCUAAGGCUUUCACGGUCUACUUUAAAGAGCUCCAGAGUGUGUACAGCAUCUCCUACAGCCAGAUUGCCUGGAUAACAUCCAUCAUGGCUGCUACCACCUAUGGAGGAGGUCCCAUUAGCAGCAUUUUGGUAAAUCGCUAUGGCAGCCGACCCGUGGUUAUGUUUGGAGGUCUGCUCUGUGGCACCGGGAUGGUCUCAGCUGCCUUCUGCACUAGCAUCCUGCAGCUCUACAUCUGUGUGGGCUUCAUUACAGGACUUGGCCUUGCUCUCAACCUUCAGCCAUCAGUGAUAAUCAUUGGGAAAUACUUUUUGAGGAGAAGACCUAUUGCGAAUGGCCUCGCCAUGGCAGGGAGCCCUGUGAUGCUUUGCACCCUGGCUCCUCUCAACCAGUUCCUUUUUGACAAUUUUGGCUGGAGGGGCAGCUUUUUAAUUCUUGGGGCAAUUUUAUUACAUUGCUGUGUGGCAGGAGCUCUCUUCAGACCCAUUGGGCCAGCCAGAGCGCCAGUUAAAUCCCAGGUGGCUGGGAGGGAGAAGAAUGCUCUGAAAGAAGAGCUCGCUAGAAAUGCUGUGGAAAUGAGUAGUGCCACGAGUGUGCUCACGGAGAAGAAAAUGGAAGAGGAAGAAGGAGAGGACUGCUGUGAGAAGAUCAAUCAGUACCUCGAUUUUUCUCUCUUUAAGCACAGAGGGUUCUUAAUUUACCUGGUGGGAAACGUGCUCAUGUUUCUGGGGUUCUUUGCUCCCAUUGUUUUCCUGGCACCCUAUGCAAAGCACAUCGGCAUUGAUGAAUAUUCAGCUGCUUUCCUCCUCUCAAUCCUCGCUAUCGUGGACAUGAUUGCCCGACCGACCACUGGCAUCAUUGCCAACAGCAAGUGGGUGAGGCCACGGAUUCAAUAUUUUUUCAGCUUCUCCAUUGCUUUCAACGGUGCCUGCCACCUUCUGUGCCCACUGGCUUCCAGCUACACAGGGCUCAUCGUCUACUCUGCCUUUUUUGGCUUGGCCUUUGGCAUGGUUUGUGCCAUGCUCUUUGAAACUCUCAUGGACCUCGUGGGAGCUUCCCGCUUCACAAGUGCCGUUGGCCUGGUCACCAUUGCAGAGUGCUGCACAAUCUUGCUGGGACCACCUAUUGGAGGAACUCUCAUUGAUACCUUUGGGGACUAUAAGUACAUGUUCAUUAAAUGUGGAGCGGUGAUGGUCCUGGCAGGAACCUUCCUCUUCAUCAUGAACUAUUACAAUUACCGCAUGCUUGCCAAGGAGGAGAAGGAGAGAAAGACAAAAGAAGAGGACCCUCAAUCUGUAAGGACAGAAAGUGAGGGCAGAAAUAACUUGAACAAAGAAAGUGCACUGGAUGGGCCUGAGCUGGAACCUUUGAGGGAGGAAGGAGAAGGACUGAAGAAGGAAAUGAAUGGCACAAAUGAAGUUUAAACCUCUCCCAGUGUGCCAAACGGGGAAUUACUUCUGGACUGCUUAUGUUGAUACCAGCUGUAAAAUAAACAAGUUUUAAAUGUU